GUGAAGAGUACGAGAGAAGAUUUAUUAUUAAAUGAUUAAAGCUCUACUAUAUAUAUCUUAACCAAGUGAAGCAAAAGCAAGAGAAACAGAGAAAGAAAACCAAUCACAGAGAAGAAAGGCACAUCACAUGAUGGAUACGAAGAACACACAACCGUAUUUGCCUCAUGAAUUGAUCAUCCUAAUCCUGCUCAGGUUACCGGUGAAGUCUCUUUUGCGUUUCAAAUGCGUUUAUCCUCUUCAAACUCGAUUUAUAGAUUUUGAAGCAUCACUUCACCAAGACACUGCUUCUGUUUCACUCAACCUUAAUUGUAUGCCCUCUGAAUCACAUUCUUAUAUUGAAAUUAAAGGUUCCUGUAGAGGGUUUAUAUUUUUGUACAGUUAUUCAAACAUCUAUCUAUGGAAUCCAUCCACUGGACUUCACAAACAAAUACCUUUAUCUCCAAUUGAUUCCAAAUUAGAUGCCGUAUAUUUUUGUUAUCUAUAUGGUUUUGGGUAUGACCAGUCAAGAGAUGAUUACUUGGUGGUUUUAAUGUCCUAUGAUACAACCUUAGCUAAUGUUUCAUCACAUUUGGAGGUUUUCUCAUUAAGAGAUAAUAAGUGGAAAGAAAUUGAGGGUAUUAACCUCCCUUAUAUGAAUGCCUCUGAUGAUCCUAGAACAGGGUCAUUCUUUAAUGGGGCUAUUCAUUGGUUGGCUUAUGGUGUGGAUUUAUCAGUGAAUCUUAUUGUUGCCUUUGAUUUAAUGGAAAGGAAACUUUUAGAGAUGUCUUUGCCAGAUGAUUUUUACUAUGAACUUUCAUUUUGUGAAUUGUGGGUAUUUGGAGAUUUUCUCAGUCUAUGUGUUAUGGGGGAUGAUACAGUUGAAAUAUGGGUUAUGAAAGAAUACAAAGUGCAUUCGUCUUGGACUAAGACUCUUGUUCUUCCCACUCAGUACUUUUCCCCGUUGUGUCUUACAAAAAGUGGUGAUAUCGUUGGAGCAGAUGGUGGUAAUGGAUUGGUGAAGUAUGAUGACAAAGGACAGUUGCUAGAGCAUCGCUCCUAUUGUAAUGUUCGAGGACAAUCCCAAGCGAUCAUGUAUACAGAGUCUCUACUUUCACCCCCUUGUUUCUUAAGCGAGCCUAAGAAAAUGACACAAACAAGAAGAAAAAGAAGCACAAGAAGAAGAAUGAAGCUGUGAAAUACCAUGUAGUUGAUAUUUAUUAUAUGUAAAAACUAGUUAUACUAGUUAAUUUCACUAGUUAAUUGUUCUUCUCAUUGGCUAUAUAAGCCUUAUAUACUCUUUCAUAUAAUUUUCUCUCAUUAUUAAUAAAAGUUAGUUUUCUCUA